GCGGGCUUUCUGAUGAAGGGCCGGCGGUGGGAAAGAUGGCGGCGGCAGGGAGACCCUCCUGGUGGCGGCGGUGGCGGCUGCGCGCGUGGGCUCGGGACGGGGCCAGGCUACUGCUCCUUCUCCUCCUGCUGGGGUCUGUGCAGGGCCCGUGGCACGUCAGGGCGGGACAAGCGGUGGAGUACUUGAAACGCGAGCACUCGCUGUCGAAGCCCUACCAGGGUGUGGGGACGAGCAGUUCUUCGCUGUGGAACCUGAUGGGCAAUGCCAUGGUGAUGACCCAGUAUAUCCGUCUCACUCCAGACAUGCAAAGUAAACAGGGCGCCUUGUGGAAUCGGGUGCCAUGUUUCCUGAAAGACUGGGAGCUGCAGGUGCACUUCAAGAUCCAUGGACAAGGGAAGAAGAAUCUGCAUGGCGAUGGCCUGGCAAUCUGGUACACAAAGGAUCGAAUGCAGCCAGGGCCUGUGUUUGGAAACAUGGACAAAUUUGUGGGGCUGGGAGUGUUUGUAGACACCUAUCCCAAUGAGGAGAAGCAGCAAGAGGCCCAGAAGAGGCGCUAUUCUCCAGGAGUCCAGCGCGUAUUCCCCUACAUCUCAGCCAUGGUGAACAACGGCUCUCUCAGCUAUGAUCAUGAGCGGGAUGGGCGGCCCACAGAGCUGGGGGGCUGCACGGCCAUCGUCCGAAAUCUCCGUUAUGACACCUUCCUCGUGAUUCGCUAUGUCAAGAGGCAUCUGACGAUAAUGAUGGAUAUCGAUGGCAAGCAUGAGUGGAGGGACUGCAUUGACAUGCCUGGGGUCCGUCUCCCCCGGGGCUAUUACUUCGGCACUUCCUCCAUCACUGGGGAUCUCUCCGAUAAUCAUGACGUCAUUUCCCUGAAGUUGUUUGAGCUGACGGGAGUGAGGACCCCAGAAGAAGAAAAGCUUCAUCGGGAUGUAUUCCUGCCCUCAGUGGACAAUCUGAAGCUGCCUGAGAUGACUCCACCACCAGCGCCCCUGACUGGCCUGGCCCUCUUUCUUAUCGUCUUUUUCUCCCUGGUGUUUUCCGUGUUUGCCAUCGUCAUUGGUAUCAUACUCUACAACAAGUGGCAAGACCAGAGCCGAAAGCGCUUCUACUGAACCCUGAUGGCACCCGUCCCUCUGCGGUUUACCCGGGUCUGCGGGUCUGAGCGUGCAGCCUGGCGAGCCUGCUCACCUAGCCAGCUGUUCAGGGACUGUGUUCUGUCAUUGGGGCGGUGACCCUGCGUUCGUAUGGUCAUCCACGGGAACAUGUCACUGGCCGGAGAUGCCACCCCCAGGGCCGAGCAGCUGUGACGUGCCUUUCCCUGUGGCCCUUCCACUUAGGUAUGGAGAGACAUGGAAAAAAGCAUUAGAGCAUUGGAUAGCCACCCCAGCAUGGACUGGACACAACAAACCUCCUACUUCAUUUGUCGGUUUCGAACUAGAAAACCAGAGCUCAUAGAGUCUGGAAGCCCACUUAGUAGCUUUUACUCUUGCCCACGCCUCCUCCUACUUGAGGAGCUCCUUGGCAAUCUGGAUGGAGACUUCUGCCACACCUGCCUCUCUGUCUCCCUUCACUCACCAUCCUCUCCCUGUGCACUCGGAGCUAGGAAAGAAGUUUGCUGCUCCCAUCAGGUGGCCCCGGGGCUCUCUGCAUUAGUUCAUUGCUUCAGCCUGGGUUCUGUGCUGGGCGAACCUUGUUCCUGUCUGUCCCCGUGUCCUUAGCUUUCCUAAUCAGAGCUCUUCAGGCCCUUGGAUCGUUUGAGUAAAAGCAGUUAGAAAUCGAGAGAAGCUCGGACACCUUCACAGAGGCUGUGGGAGUAACUGUGGCGUCAUCCAGGUCCAGGUGUGCCACAGAGGGCAGCGUUUGUCUCCUCUGCCCAUGUGGAGGUGUCUCUGGACCCAGUGGAGCCUGCUUAGCUGCAUGUUUUGUUUCUCGUGAUUCUUGGGAAGUAAAAAGAAGCUUCCUUAUUCUCUGGACUUGGACAUGACCCUGAGAGGAGAUUCGGCUUCUUAAUGCGAAGAAACAGUUGCUGAUCUUGUAACGACUCUGAGAGCAAAAGACUCUGUGUCUGGAAAAGUUCUGACCACUGAGCAGCACGCACGGCUUGAGUGUGGUCCUGUGUGUGUCACCCCCUUACACUGCCUUAUUCUACAAAUGUCACAUGCUGCUCACUUACCUGCCCUGUGAUUAAAUUGGUUACAGGGUGGUCUCCCUGGAGGGCCUGAAACUGAGUUUUCUGGAUCUCUGAAGCCCAAGGAAAUUUCUUAAAGUGACUGAUGGAACCAA